AACUCUUCAAAUUAAAAUCGGAAAAAAUCCCUAAAUUCGGAACAGAACCGCCGCUUUCUUCAUCACCAGAUUUCUCCUCGCCAUUGUUAUGUUGAGAAAAUGCUGAGAAGAAGAUUCACUUCAGUGUUCCCCAGCUUGAUCCGAGCUGCCCUGGUUCAGCGCCCAAACCCUACACCAACACCAAGGUUUCCUCCUCAGCUACACUAUGCAUCGCCGUAUGCGGCUUGCUUCAAUCACCGCUGCAAUUCAGCGAGCGUUAGGGCUUACAGCAGCCUUUUGGCGCUGAACGAUCUGAGGGAUAAUCCAGGGUCGCGCCAGCAGAAGACGAGGAAGGGGCGUGGUAUCGGGUCGGGUAAGGGGAAGACGGCCGGGCGGGGGCACAAGGGCCAGAAGGCUCGUGGCACCUAUAAAUUCGGAUUUGAAGGCGGACAGACGCCGCUCCGCCGCCGCCUUCCCAAACGAGGCUUUAAGAAUCCCUUCACUCUCACAUUUCAGCCUGUUGGUUUAGGAAAAAUCGCAAAGCUGAUAAAUGCUGGGAAAAUUGAUUCUUCAGAAUUGAUAACGAUGAAAACUCUCAAGGACUGUGGAGCUAUAGGCAAGCAAAUAGAAGACGGUGUUAGACUAAUGGGACGCGGAGCUGAACACAUUGAAUGGCCCAUCCAUCUAGAGGUUUCAAGGGUGACAGUAAGGGCGAAAGCAGCAGUAGAGGCUGCUGGGGGGACGGUGAGACGUGUGUAUUACAACAAACUGGGGCUGCGGGCGCUGCUGAAACCAGAGUGGUUCGAAAAGAAGGGCAGGCUACUUCCAAAAGCAGCAAGGCCACCUCCGAAAUUGAAAGAGAAAGUAGAUAGCAUCGGCCGAUUGCCUGCCCCAAGGAAACCGAUACCUUUCACUGCUGAAGAAAAAGAGGCUAUGCCUGCUGCUUCCUAAACUGCUUAAUGACUACUUUAGAGGCAAGACAAAUUGCUGAAUUUAUUAUAGAAUUUGAUUUUGUUUUGUUUUGUUUUGUUGUUAGUUGAGAUGAUGUUCUUGCUCCAACAAAAAUAAAAUUUUUGUUGUUAACAUGUCUAAA